UAUAUACAGUCAGGGUGUUUUCAAUGUCGGUGAGUUGGAAGAAGAAUGUAAUGAACAUAAGCGGGUGAAGUGUGAGUGUUUGUGCCCAGUUUUUGAGCCUCUUCAAGUGUGUUUUCGGACGAGAAUAGCGGUGAAAUUAAGAGGGUGAGUGAUGGCUUCCCCUCUGCUUAUCAGGUCGGCCGUUGGGUGAGUACAGGGUGAAUACUUCGCUUGGGAAAUUACUGCCGGCAGGCCGGGACUGAGUAGGCCUAGGGCCUAGGCUACACGGUUUUGUUGGGACUGGGAAGUGGUGUGUCGGCUUCUAGUGCGCUCACGUAGUGGAUGUACAUGUACAUGUACAGUAGGCCUACUGUGCGUGUGGUAACGCGUACAUCAUACCAACCGUAUUGUACAGUCUACAGUGCCUACUUCAGCCUGGCCCGUGUACUUCGAUUGUGCUUGGUGUACUGUGUAUGUUUUUACACAACAGCUAGGCCUACCACUUUGAGACCAUGGAAAAAACAGACAAACAUCCCUCGAACCCAAGUGUAGGCAUGAGGAAGGAAGUGGGCCAAGUGGUCAACUCUGCAGGCACAGCAGCAGUGAAUAAAUUUGACCCGGACGAGGACCCAGAAUUGCAAUAUUUAGACCAGGACAAGAUGAACAAUUCCAAAAAGAAGAGUUUCUUCCAGAUCACGAGCGUGACAGAAAACGUCAACGAUGAGAACGAUAGCAUGGAUGAGCUUGACGAAAGCCGGGCGGAUGACCUGUCCACGACGGAUCUCUCAAAACUCAGUUUACAGACGGACAUGGAGCAGUCGGAGUCCGACGAUUCGCCAAACCCACCCGGGCCUGGAACUGUUAUACAUCCAAAUGCUGCAAUGAACCCCAAUGUGGACACCAACGGCAACGGCCCCUCCCGAUUCAAGUUGGUUAAGGUCGCUCGCAUCGAGCCCAUCAAGCGGGGCCGCUGGACCUGUAAGGACUUCCCCACCGAGCCGCAGUCGUGCCCUGAGAGUGCGGCGGCCAAGACGGAACAGAUCCGCGACAAUGUGUCGGGCAGCUCCAGCGCUGCCAGCUCGGUGCAUUACGUGCCCGGGGAGAACCCGCCCACAGAGAACCCCCUAGGGGACGCAAACCCGGCACCCCAGCAACUACCCCCACCGUCCAUAGACAACGCAACGAAGGAAGCGUCUGCUGCCAACGAUAAGGACUCCUCCUCUGUGUUGGCUGCUCACAGGCCGAGCAGUAAAAGUGACUCGAGUAAAGAGAGCUUGAGCAAGAAGGAAUCUAGUGCAGGGGACCUGCUGUCAUUGGAUUCCUUGAAUGUUGAAAUGCUCGCUGACAACCAGUCGGAAAACGAUGAAAGCACGUCGGCCACCGGUGGGGCCAUCGAUAACAAGAUAGAGCAGGCUAUGGAUCUGGUGAAGAGUCAUCUACUUUUUGCCGUGCGAGAGGAGGUGGAGGUGCUGAAGGAGCAGAUCAAGGGGCUGCUGGAGAAGAACGAGCAGCUGCAGCGGGAGAAUAACCUCCUCCGCCAGAAGCAGUCCCAGGCCCUCCCCCCGCACCUGCCCUACAGCCAGUCAGAGGCGGCCCCGCCCCACGUGGGGGCGGGACCCCCAGCCGGCCAGGACCAAGGGGGGUUCCCGACGCUGACGGGCCCGGCCGCGCCCCGGGUGGAGGGCUACCAGCCGGGGGCCGGGGAGCAGCCGCCAUUUGCCGGGCUGCAGCCGCUGCCGGGUGCUGCGCCCGCCCAGCAGCAGACCCUGCCCCAGCAGCAGGCAGGCCAGUUUGGUCACCUACAGCAAGCAGCUCCGCAGCAGCAACCACCGCAGCUCACGCUACCGCAGCAGACAUCGACCCAACUCAACCAGCCGCCGUCCCAGACAUGACGACAAGGCCAGGGCAUUAGGAAAUGAUUUCAUUCUGCAAUUCUCCUCCGCAUACAUGUCAUCUGCGAACCAGUUUUUUUUUCUUAAAAAAAAAAAACGUUUCCAAGUGCCCACGGAUUCCUGCAAAAGCAUGCCUUUCAUUUCUGCUUUCCCGCUUUUGAAGCGAGCUGACUGUCGAACAGCAAGUAAAGCGGCAGGAACGACUUCGCCGACGGAAUGGUGGACAGAUGAAGGUGUCUUAAAUCAAUUGCAAUACGUUAUCUGUGAUUUGAUGAUGUCUAAAAAAGUAAGCAGGCAACAGUGGUUUCCAUGUAGGUACAUCAGUCAAGAAAUAUUCUUUCUACACUUGCAGCUUAAGUGGUCUUGGAGAAACUUUGACUGUGCCGUUGCCAAACAUCCAAACUUUUGUUGCGCUGUGUGAAACCCAGCUCUGCGGUGCAGGCAGGGUUGUCACGAGGACAUCGUGGGGUUAUCCCAAUGUGUUUCGAGGACGAGGUCCAGAGGGCGCCCGUGUAUCGGUAUGGCUGCAUUUGAUAAACGUGACUUUGUGGCUUUCGCUAACCUAACUCAUUACCGCCUUAAGCUCCUGCCGGUUGGCAUCAAAGGCAUUCGUUGUGACAGCAUCUUCAAGAUUGAUGGUAGCAUUUGCAAAUCAGAGCUCCAAUCUCCCCCCCCCAAAAAAAGGAGGAGAUUGUAACCCCCAAAAAGUCAUUUCUCUCCAACCUUUUUGCUUAAAUUGUUCACCCUGUCAGACUAUCAAAUUGCUUCACCAAGAUCAAGAUUUGUUAUUAACGGUAUGCAGAAUGUUUCGUUUGCAAAACUCAAAAUGCGCAUAAAUAAUAGUGUCAGAUCAAAAAUGUCAUUAACAUGCCGUACCCAGUCAAGGCCCAUUGGGAGUGAAAAUGCUGGAAUCUGUGCCAACCGCGUCAGGCAGGAAAAAAAGGUGAGUCCUGAAAUGUGGCUGCCGUAGCUUGUGGAUUACUGUUAAAAAAAAAAAUCACCCGCCGCAUUUUCCAAGGUGAUUCUCAGAGGGUCUGUUUUCCUCAACACUUGACAUCGAAGUGGUGCAGAUUUCUCGCCUGUGCAGGAGCGACAUGUAAUUUUCUGGUGUGAGUGAAGAGCCCGCAGGACGGCAUUUUUUGCUCCGACUGGCCAUUUUCAUGGGGGGGGACAGCAGGAAUUGUGGGCGGACAAACUUUCAACCAGAGAUGAUGAAAUCCUGCGGGAGGUGCCGGGCCAAGAAUGGUGUCCGUUUGGUCGAGGCGCAUCCCGGAAUGUAACCCGAUCGCCGCGCAGUUGAGCACAGGUUCGGCUGUAACUCACUCACAGCAGACGUAGACUUGGAGCUGAAUCAGGAUGGCGUUUGGUGCGACAGGAGUGUCUCGCAAGGGGGAGACGAAAGCGACUUAACGCACACACUGCAAAAAAAAGAAGCAACAUCACGACUGUGUACAGCUGCGCCUGGAAAUUGUUCCACUUGAAGUUGGAUAGUUCUGUGAUGGCUGUUACAUUUUGGUGGUCGCGCACUGUACAGCGUUGUAUAAAGAUCAGAAAUGAUCACCCGAAAAUCUUAAGUGCAACUUAAAUGUGUUAAAUUGGUUGACUGCAGUUGUGCAAUUCUUGCAGCCGUUAAUGCUGACAAUAUCUGCUUGUGCUCUUUGUACUUCAUGCAUAGGUAAGGUUUAAGACACCUGGUCUAUGUAAGCCCCAAAUCGACGUCUUGAAUGAGACUAUUUGUGUUCUUUCCUGGAGCGCAGAGCAGAGGAGAUGAAUUUUCAACCUGAUCCUCGUUGGGCCCUUCUUGUCUGCUGCUUUUCAGCAUGUAAUGCUGUUCUGGUCAAAUCUGCAGACGACUUCGUAAAGAUGCAAACAGAUUGGCUCAUCAGAUCCCUAAUGCUGUGCAAAGUUGUGCGUAGAGAGAAAAUGUCUGGCGUUGCUCUCAAUUAGUGACGCUCCAUGCAUGGUAUGCAAUUUCUUUGAUCCUCAUUUGGUAUCAGUCUCGCACGUGCUUGCUUACGCAUGUGUGCGCCGUGGGCUAUCCCUCUCCCGAUAUGCAGAGGGGCUCUUUAUGGCCAAGACCACAGCACUUGAUAUCUGAAGAGAUUGGGGCUUCAUCGCACACACCAGGGAGUAUUUGCGAAGAAGUCCACUGUGAGAGAGAUGCGUAUGGCCCCCCGAGGCUUGAUCACCAUUGCAUUGGGUCCAUGGGAUUGGAUGUAAUCUCAGAGCUAGUUGGGAUGUCAAGAUGUUUGUUGGGCCUGCAAAUUCAUCAUUUUCAGGAUUCCUUGAAAACCUAGGCUAGCUUGCCCAAUCCACUGUCUUUUGCUCUGUGGACAGCUUUACAACGUCUCGGUUUCCAAUCGGGUCCUGUGCCUUGCUUUUGAGAAGUAGUCUUGUAAAGUAGGUGUGUACUCGGUCGCUUGGAGCAGUUGUCUGCCCUGGAGAAUACGAAAUGAAACCAAAUUUAACUCGAGGUUUUAGCCCAUGCUACCCCCAGAAGACCCGUAACACCUUGCCAAACCUCACGAUAACUUGAGGCUUGAGGUACCCAGGGGAAAAAAACAAACUAAAAACCUCUUAAAAUCUCAAGAUAUUCUAAAACCUUGAGUUAUCGCAUGUUGAAUUUCGCAUUCUCUCCAUACUGUGGCAUUUUCUCUGUAUUGCAUUCAGACGCAAAACAUUUCUUGCUCAAUUGGGGCAUUUCACAGUAGUGCGCCUCCAAGAGUUUCGCGUUGGCCAAUCACAAUGCGCAAAAUCUGUUGACCCGAUGCACAUUCGGAAAGGGUUGACAGAUUUCGCACGCUGUGAUCGGCCAACACAUUGCGAACUCUUGGGGGCGCACUAUUGUGAAUCGACCGUAUUGUGAGCAGUUGUUUCUGCCCCAUGAAUGUGCACAUUAUGUACACGCAUUGUGACAAAAUAACAAUUUUCUUUGAAACACAGUUUUACGUAACAAUACUUGUCUAAUACUUUCACUUCAAGUUAGGUUUUAAUUUUUGCUGUCAUCAGUUGUACAUGUUUAUGUAUCUGUCAUGGGCAAGAGCAUUCAUUCCAAUAUACUGUGUUAUUGUUAUUUAUUAUUAUGAUUUGACAAAAAGGAAUCAAGAACUUUUUUUCUUUGUGUUUUUGUUUUUAUUUUGUUUCGGGGAAAGAUGCUCAGUUGUCUAGAAAAAUUGUUUGUGUCGUUACGUUCGUGCUUCCAUCCUUUAUUGUGUGCUCGAUAUGAUAAAAUGAAUGCAACAUUGUUUACUAAUAAAUAAUUCUUUUGUUGUAAUUAUUAUGUACAUGUAUAAUGUACCUUUAAAGGUUGGCCACAUUGAUAAGUGUACACUUGUAAUCCAUUGUUUAUAGUUUAACCGGCCGUAAUUAAUGUGAACGCUUAAAUUCUGAUGAUUGACAGAAAAAGUGCGGAGCUUUUUUUUAAAAAUUAAUUUUCAAAAAUUGUUAAACAUUUCCAUCAUUUCAAACUGUUGUUCAUGUAAGGGCAUUUCUUGUAAAGGAAAGUGUACUCUUUAUUAAGCGAAGAAAAAAAGGGAAAAGGUGAUUUUGGUCUAACUUGAAACUUUCAGCAACUCAGACUUUUAAAUUCAGUUUAGGGGAAGUGUUUGCGGGUUUUCGUUGUUGUUGUUUUUGUUUACCGGCAGAAAGUGGAGUUAACCUCCCAAAUCGGUAAUUUGUAACCAGAGAUAAUUGAAAAUUCUUUUGUGUCGUCUAGUUGCACAACAUACCGGUAUUUCGUUUGCCACAAAUACUCACUCUAAAUUCAUGACUUACUGAGUCGCUUUACGUCUUCAUUGUCAUCUCAUUUAUAGUCGGGUAUAUUUUCUUUUGCUCUCUGACUGGUCCGAGAUCCCUCGGUAUGAGGCAUCUCGCAUAUUUAUUCUGUUAUCUCCACCAAACGGUAUACUUCGAAUAAAUUCUGUGCGGUGUUCGCCCAGAGAUGAAAAAUGCAUGUUACACACCGAACCUUCAACCUGUUCCGUAUUGCACUAAACAAGAAUUCAACUCCAAUACCCUUCGCAUUUACAUUAAUCAUGAUAGCGUCAUUCGAAAAUUUCUUCCCUCCAAAUAAUAGUCCAACAACUUGUGUGAAUUUCCCCCAUUAUGCCAAUAGUUGUAAUUACAAAUAACAUGUAUUCAGGCAUCACAGAUAAAUCUGUAUUGAAAAUCAAUAGAUUAGAAAAAAAAAACCUUCGACCAAACGUUAAAUUCAGAGUUUUUAAGACAUAGCUGUUUGCUAAGAUCCAUCAACGGCAGUGUAGUAAACAGAAUUUGGUGAUAGACUGCAGGUUUUCUGGUUACAGUCGUAAUCUUUGCCUACCAGUUACUGGUAAAACUACGGGUGGCCGUCAGUAAUUUUAAAAAAAAUCCAGCGUUUAGAAAAAUCGCACCCAGUUGUAUCGAAACACCAAAUACAUGUAUUAUUACAUGUACGACUGUGUGAAUGUAUGGCCCUCGUGAAAGGUACAUGUAGAGGCAAACCAGCUAAGGGUGAGAUUACUGCAAGUUCUGGGCCGCACAACCGUUCAUCUUUCUCGUGCUGUAGAUGUACAUGUAGGUAAAAGUAGUGUCGUCACGAAAAACAUUUUCGAAGAGAAAGGUCAGCUAUUAGGCCUACGACGUUGUGGUGGUAGCGAGUCGCAUAAAUCAAACUGCGAUACUUCAGCCUUAGGAGCAACAUUGUACCUUUGCGAAAAUUCAGUCAGAAGGAUGACUAAGAUCCUGAUAUCCAAUGUUCCCCCGAACACGCAUUUGCACGUUAACGUAAUUUGGAAUUAAUGACUGCAGUGCACCUUAACCUUGAUUCCAGUGUUUAUAUCGCGUACAUUCCUAUUACAAAGAGCGCCCUCUUUACAACCAAAGGUAAAUAACUAUUAUUCUCUCAUCAAAAUAAAUGCUUAGCAAAUGCCGGAUUGCGCAUGAUUCAGUAAGAGUUGGUAUUGCUUAAUUGUGAUAUGUAGCGAUCAAUAACAACGGUAACUGUGAUAUAAAAGUUCGCAUUGUUAUCUAAGUAAUUUCAGAGAAGGAUAGUUAACCUCGGCAGAAAAAAAUUGUCUCCCAAAAUAGCUAUAAUGUAGUAGUCAGAUGAUGGGCUCACCUUUACACAUUUAAUGUCUUUUCCCACACGCCGUCCUUGAUUUGAAUGCAACCUUUCCCCCUUCGUUGCCGAAGAGACUGUUUCUGUCAUUGGUUUCUUUUUUUACUUCAGAUACAUAAACUUCAAUUGAACAGAGUCAUGGGCAGCAUCGGUUUAAUUAAUUGAUGAAGAAAAGGCGAUAACAAAUAGAAAGUAUGUCACAAAAUUAGUUCCUAAAAAGGACAAUUUAUACCUUUUGGGAAUUAUUCCCUUUUCGCGGAAACCUUCCAAUACCCGAGACUAAGAAUUUAGAUUGUAUAAACUCGAUGGUAUUUUGCUAUUCCGAAAUUCAUCGCACACUGUAAAUUUUCCUUUUGUAAGGAACUUUAUACCCAGCCCAUUUAAACCGUAGAGAGAUGUUAUUAAUCGUUGUCCAUUUUCUGUGCAAACUAUUUUAGGAAAGUGCAACGACAAGCAAGACGCUGGUAAUAAAACGGCACGCAAAAAAUAGAGAUUUUACUGCACAAUUCCCUGUACAUUUACAAAACAACGGUAACGGACUUUGUCUGUCAAAACAAAUUAAAGAGUCGGUUAUGUCUUGUAAAACUGAAAAAA